AUGGGUAUCGAGGCACUUGAUUUCCCCCAGAUGUGGGAACGUCCCAGCUACACUCAGCUAGCGGACAUACUUCAAACGCUUGAGCUCAGUCCUCCUAUCUGGAACCACAAGCGUCGCCGCUCAGAGAUCAUCGAGGUGCAAGAAUCCCUGGCCAGCCAACGCAAGGCCGAAGUCACACGCUACCUCUCCUCGAUCAUCAAGAGCCCUCUGUCAUGGAUCGAGGAUGACGAUGAGAAGGAGAUUCUUUGGACUCAGGCAAGCAAGCGCAUGUCAGAGCGAUGUGGCCGUACGGCUAUGGGAGAAGUUAUUCGAAGUUGGCCCUUUGGAGAUGACGCAGACGAGUUUGAGUUGAUCAUUCGAGAGCCUGCGCUUACGGGAGAUUCGUUGGGCUUCAAGACUUGGGGAUCUUCAUACGUCCUCUCACAGCAUCUUCCUCGUAUGGCUGAGACAUCCUUAUUUCGACUCUUUGAUGAGACCCUUGGUCAACCAAAACCCAAUGUCCUCGAGCUUGGAUCUGGAACAGGACUUUUGGGUCUUGCAGCCGCGGCACACUGGAAGGUUCCCGUAGCGCUGAGCGAUCUACCAAACAUCGUUCCCAAUCUCAGAGAGAACGUUGCCAAGAACACUGAACUCAUCAAGUCUCGCGGCGGAUCACUCACUGUCGGCGACCUGACAUGGGGUGGCAGUGAGGAUGAAAUCGACCAGACUCUGUUUGGACAAUCGCAUCAAUUCAAGAUUGUCCUCGCGGCUGAUCCUAUGUACGACGAUGACCACCCAGCACUUCUCGCCUCCGCCAUCAGCGAACACCUGGCUUUAGGCUCAGAUUCACGCGCUAUCGUCAUGGUACCGCGACGAGACGCAACCACAGAGCGUCUUCUCGAGUCCUUCCGCCAGGCCAUGCUUGACCUCGGCACACCACUGUUCUGCGAGGAGGAGGACGAGCUUGCAGGCCAGGAUGACUGGGUUGAGGAUGACGAAGCAGGCAAUCUCAUCAUGACUGGCAAGCCAGUUUACAAACCGGAAGAGAUCCGCUUCGCUUUGGAUCUGAUGCUCCAGGAUCUGUUCAACGAAGAGAUCUCUCAGGCCUUCCAAGAACGAUUUGAUCGAGAGUUGACGGACAACCAAAUCCGCUACUUGCGGAACAAGUAUGGAAAAGAUCCCGACUAUGGUUCUCCUUUGAUCAACCGACCAGCCAACAAGAAGGUCAAGCGAAGACGAGCUGCUCUUGCAGCAGCUGUGACUUCACCUACUUCCGAAGACUCAUCUGGUCCCUCGAAACGAACACGCCGAGAACCUUCCUCCUCAGUCAGUCUCUCAUUGUCUCCCCCAAACCAGCCUGCAGGAUUCUCUCAGAUCCCGCCAUUCAAUUUUGACGACUACACGACUACUCCAUCGUCUAAUUUCCCCAACUUUGGAGCAUCGCCCCCUUCUCAGUUCUCUAACAUCCGCUCUCCAAGUGACAGCUACACCCUAUCCCCACCUCAAGAUGCGUUUUCUGGACCUUCGAUCAAUACAUGGCAGACACAGCAACAACCCACCUUCACCACAAGCUUCACCCCUAUCAACACCCGGUUCGGACAGCAGGAUGGAAGUACUCUGGGCCAAGCAAGUUCCGUCCCUAGAACCGCAACACUGAGCUCAGGUUCUCUACAAUAUCCCCAAGCCCAACCUCUUCCUGGCACCAGUUCAAACCAACAGCAGGCUAUUAAUUCUUUUUUCAGCGUCAAUGUGCCCGCCUCCUCCCCUCAACAAGCCGGGAGCGUUCAGAGCGGGGCUUAG